UUUGUGUAUGUUAUAUAUAUAGAGAGAGAGAUGUAGCAGCUGGCAUACUCUCUCUUUCUCUUCUUCAUUAAAUUUAUUUUACUUUGAUUCUUUGAUUUGUUCAAGCUGAAGUUGAGGAAUACUUGCAUUAACUGCUGAUAAAGAUUAGAACUUUGCAGCUAAAUCUUGUGGUCAAGACUUAUUUUUUGAGUUUUUUUGUCAAUCUUGGAACACCCCACCUACUAUUUCCUCUAGUUUUUGGCUAUAUUGGGGUUAGUUACCCAAUUUCUUUGUGUUGGUUCAUCUUUUCUCUCUGGGGGUUUGGAGAUUUUAGUCGGGGUUCAAUUAUUGGAAAGUAAUUUGUCAUAAAGUUCUGAUCUUUGGUGUUUCUGGGCAUUUUCAGAAGGUGAUUCUUGGAAAAAAAAACUGCAUUAUCCCAUUGGGAGUUAGUUUUUUUGUGUACUAUAGUGGAUCAGUUUCUUGUGUUGGUUGUCUGGGGUUUUGGAAACUUUAGCUGGGGUUCACUUAUUGGAAAGUAAUUUAUCAUAAAGUUCUGAUCUUUGGUGUUUCUGGGCAUUUUUCAGAAGGUGAUUCUUGGAAAAAACUGCAUUAUCCCAUUGGGUGUUUGUUUUUUCCUAUACUGAGUAGUUGGUUUCUGGUAUUGGAAUGAGGACAGGGAGAAGGAAGAGGCUACAUUUUAGCAAUUUUUACUCAUUUAGAUGUGGGAAAGCAUCAGUUUUGAGUGAUGAUCAUUCACAAAUUGGAGGGCCUGGAUUUUCCAGAGUGGUGUUUUGCAAUGAACCAGAUAGUUUUGAGUCUGGAAUUAAGGAAUAUGCUGGGAAUUAUGUCAGCACAACAAAAUAUACUGCUGCAACUUUCUUGCCAAAGUCUUUGUUUGAGCAGUUUAGAAGAGUAGCUAACUUCUACUUUCUUGUUACUGGUAUCUUGGCUUUUACACCAUUGGCUCCUUACACUGCUUUAAGUGCCAUUCUUCCUCUUGUACUUGUUAUUGGAGCAACUAUGGUCAAAGAGGGUAUUGAGGACUGGCGUAGAAAACAACAGGAUGUUGAGGUGAACAGUAGGAAGGUUAAAGUACACCAGGGAGAUGGAGUUUUUAAUCUUACUGAAUGGCAACAUUUGAAAGUUGGUGAUAUUGUUAAGGUGGAGAAGGAUCAAUUCUUUCCGGCAGACCUUCUUUUGCUUUCGUCUUGUUUUGAUGAUGCGAUUUGCUAUGUUGAGACCAUGAACCUUGAUGGAGAGACUAAUUUGAAGCUGAAACAGGCAUUGGAGGUUACUUCAUCCUUGCAUGAAGAUGCAAACUUUAAAGACUUUAAAGCUUUAGUUAAAUGUGAAGAUCCUAAUGCUAAUUUGUAUACUUUUGUUGGAAGUAUGGAAUACGAAGAACAACAGAAUCCUCUUUCUCCUCAGCAAUUACUCCUCAGAGACUCAAAAUUGCGCAACACAGAAUAUAUAUAUGGGGCUGUUAUCUUUACUGGUCAUGACACAAAGGUCAUGCAGAAUGCAACAGACCCCCCUUCUAAAAGAAGCAAAAUUGAGAGGAAGAUGGAUAGAAUCAUUUACUUCUUAUUUGCAGUUCUAUUCACAAUUGCUUUUGUUGGAUCAGUCUACUUUGGAAUUGUGACUGAAAAGGAUCUAGAUGACGGACAUAACAGGUGGUAUCUACAACCUGAAGAUUCAGACAUUUUCUUUGAUCCCAGAAGAGCUCCUGCUGCUGCCAUGUUCCAUUUUCUGACUGCUGUGAUGUUGUAUAGCUACUUGAUUCCUAUCUCCUUAUAUGUGUCAAUUGAAAUUGUUAAAGUUCUUCAGAGUAUCUUCAUUAAUAAGGAUAUUAAUAUGUACUAUGAAGAAACUGAUAAACCAGCGCAUGCCCGCACCUCAAAUCUUACCGAGGAACUUGGCCAGGUUGACACAAUACUUUCUGAUAAAACUGGCACACUGACUUGCAAUUCAAUGGAGUUUGUCAAGUGCUCCGUGGCUGGUACUGCUUAUGGACGUGGUAUUACAGAAGUUGAAAAGGCCAUGGCUAAGAGAAAUGGAUCUCCACUGAUGGCAAAAAAUAAGGAUCAUGGUGAGGAUAGUGUUAUUCCUAGGAAGUCCACCGUUAAAGGUUUCAAUUUUGAAGACGAAAGAAUCAUGAAUGCGAGUUGGCUUUUUGAGCCUCAUUCAGAUGUAAUACAGAAGUUCUUCCGUUUGUUAGCAGUCUGUCAUACAGUCAUACCAGAAGUAGAUGAAGUUACAGGCAAGGUUUCAUAUGAAGCUGAGUCUCCAGAUGAAGCAGCCUUUGUGAUUGCUGCUAGAGAAGUUGGUUUUGAAUUCUUUAAAAGGACACAAACAAAUGUGUCGGUGCAUGAAUUGGAUCUGGAAUCUGGAAAGAGAAUUGAGAGGUCAUACAAGAUUUUGAACGUUUUGGAGUUUAAUAGUACAAGAAAAAGGAUGUCUGUCAUAGUAAAGGAUGAGGACGGAAAGAUCUUGUUACUCUCCAAAGGUGCUGACAGUAUCAUGUUUGAAAGACUCGGAAAGAGUGGAAGAAGGUUUGAACAAGAAACAAGGGAACAUGUGAAUGAGUAUGCUGAUGCAGGUUUGAGGACCUUGAUACUGGCUUAUCGUGAGCUCAGUGAAGAAGAAUACAAUACUUUCAAUGAGAAAUUUCUAGAGGCCAAGAAUUCAGUCAGUGAAGACCGUGAAUCAAUCAUUGAUGCAGUAACAGAUAAAAUAGAAAAAGACUUGAUUCUUCUUGGUGCUACCGCUGUAGAGGACAAACUUCAACCAGGGGUUCCUGAUUGCAUUGACAAACUUGCUCAAGCAGGCAUAAAGAUUUGGGUUUUGACCGGGGAUAAGAUGGAAACAGCCAUUAAUAUCGGUUAUGCGUGUAGUUUGCUUAGACAAGGAAUGAAGCAAAUUAUCAUAACACUGGAAAGCCCUGAUAUUAUAGCUGUAGAGAAAGCCGGAGAAAAGAAUGCAAUUGCCAGGGCUUCAAAGGGAAGUGUUUCACGGCAAAUUACUGAAGGAAAGGCUCUACUUACUGCUUCAAGCACAGAGGCAUUUGCUUUAAUCAUUGAUGGGAAAUCUCUUACAUAUGCCCUAGACGAUGAAGUGAAAGAUAUGUUUUUAGACCUUGCAAUCAAAUGUGCCUCUGUUAUAUGCUGUCGUUCAUCACCAAAACAGAAGGCACUGGUAACAAGACUUGUCAAAAACGGUACUGGAAAGAUAACAUUAGCAGUUGGAGAUGGAGCUAAUGAUGUAGGAAUGCUUCAAGAAGCUGAUAUUGGAGUUGGAAUCAGUGGCGUCGAAGGAAUGCAGGCUGUUAUGUCAAGUGAUGUUGCAAUUGCUCAGUUCCGAUUUUUGGAGCGCUUGCUUUUAGUGCAUGGUCAUUGGUGUUAUAGAAGGAUUUCUACGAUGAUAUGCUACUUCUUCUACAAAAACAUCUUAUUUGGUGUCACUGUGUUCUUAUAUGAGGCAUAUACAUCAUUUUCUGGACAACCAGCAUACAAUGAAUGGUUUCUGUCAUCUUACAAUGUCUUCUUCACAUCACUCCCGGUGAUUGCUUUGGGAGUUUUUGAUCAAGAUGUAUCUGCCAGAUUGUGUCUUAAGUUCCCUUUGCUGUACCAAGAAGGUAUCCAGAAUCUCCUUUUCAGAUGGCGUCGUAUAAUUGGCUGGAUGAUCAACGGUGUUUGCAGCGCGGUGAUAAUCUUCUUCUUCUGCAUAACGGCACUAGAUCCUCAAGCCUUUAAAAAAGACGGUAAAGUUGCUGAAUUUGCGGUUGUUGGAGCAACCAUGUACACAUGUGUUGUUUGGGUUGCCAACUGCCAGAUGGCUCUUGCUAUCAGUUAUUUUACCUUAAUCCAGCAUAUAGUCGUCUGGGGUGGAAUUGCUCUCUGGUACAUCUUCCUUCUGAUUUAUGGAACCAUGUCUACAACGUUUUCCACUACCGCAUACAAAAUCUUCGUGGAAGCUUUAGCCCCAUCCCCAUUCUACUGGAUCAUCACGAUAUUGACAGUCAUUUCAGCUCUUAUUCCAUACUUUGCAUACAAUGCUAUUCAAACGCGGUUCUUCCCAAUGUACCACGGUAUGAUUCAAUGGAUAAGAUACGAGGGAAGGGCUGAUGACCCAGAGUUCUGCCAUGUGGUAAGACAGAGGUCAAUAAGGCCCACAACCGUAGGUUUCACUGCUCGUUCAUUGGCUAGAUGGAAUCCUUUGGAAGACAAGAAAGAGUACAACAGUAGCCACAGAUAACACCUGAAUAGGUAUUCUCAGCAAAGACAUGACUUUUGGACCUACAAAAAAACCACUGGCAAGCUGGAACUUGCUCAUUGUACAUGUUUUCCGAGCUGGUCCUGUACAUGACUACAGAUAUUGAAGCCACAACGUCGAGGUCCAAUUGGUGCAAAGCUAUACUACUAGUGUACCAUGUCUUAAAUGAGCAAAGAUGUCUCAUGAGUUUGUAAAUUUUGUCAACUGGUAAUAUAUUUGUAAUUCUUUCAUUCUAUAUCUUGUAAAAUUGUUAAAAGUUUUUGUUGUUGAAUACCAGAAGCAGAAUAGCAGAUAAGCUACUUUUUUCUAAUAAGAAAGAGGAGUGGAUUUGUUGAGUUAAAA